AUGACCAACACAUUAUCUAUCUAUCUAUCUAUCUAUCUGACGUUUUAUCUGACCAUCACAUUAUCACUAUAUCUAACUAUCUAUCUAUCUGAUCAUCACAUUAUCUGUCUAUCAGACUUUUUAUGUGAUCAUCACAUUAUCACCAUAUGUAACAAAACAUUAUCAAUCUAUCUAUCUAACUUAUCUAUCUAUCUGACUUUUUAUCUGAGCAUCACAUUAUCUAUCUAUCUGACUUAUCUUGCCAUCACAUUAUCUGAAUUAUCUAUCCGUCACAUUAUCUAUCUAUCUAUCUGUCACAUUAUCUAUCUAUCUAUCUAUCUAACUUAUCUAGCACUCACAUUAUCUAUCUAUCUGAAUUUUUAUCUGACCAUCACAUUAUCACCAUAUCUAUCUAUCUAUCUAUCUGACUUUUAUCUCAAACAUUAUCUGACUGGCUUUUUAUCUGACCAUCACAUUAUCACCAUAUCUAUCUAUCUAUCUGACCAUCGCAUUAUCACCAUAUCUAUCUAUCUAUCUAUCUAUCUAUCUAUCACACACAUUUUGCGGCCUCGUUCCCAAGAACCAUGUCUUCUUCGACUCUCUCAUCGCUUUGUUCUUCGCAUAUUUCUGUCCAGGUUGAAAUUUAUUUUCCAUAUUUCCCUGUCCUUAGACCACACGUUAUAUUGUUUUCUUUUCUUUUUUUUCAACUUCCAGCCGCCAUGUUUUCUCCUUUUAUUUUCUUCGUCUGUCUUUCACUGUUUCUUCUCUUGUCAGCUUUUUUCAGUUCUUGUUUUAUGGUUCUCACGUGGGUAG